CAUUGUCUUCUCUGCGCCAGCCAAGCCCUAUAGUUCAGUAUUAUUUUUAUUUUUCUUGUAUUUUUUUCUUUUAUAUUUUCUUUCUAAUUUUGCCCAAUAAUUCCGAGUUUUGAUCUAUCCUUAGGACCUUCUUUUUAUAUGAGUUGGUAGGGUUAGAAAAAGGUGUGGAUCCAUCCUUGAAACAUCAAAUCUCAAAAAUUAGGGUUUCCCACCUUUGUUCAUCGCGCCAGUUCCCCACCUAUUAUACAUCUAUACAUACAUAUAUUUCUCUAUUUGUGAUUUGUAGAUCUUUUGAUUUUUUGUUUUAUCAUUGUUUGAUCCUUUUAAUGUCACAAAUCGGUCAAGGCAAUUGUGCGUAAUUUUUUUGUAAUCGGUCAAUUGUCGGUUUGUUUAAUUUGGGGACUUUUUGAUCAAUUUCGUUUUUAUCAUAUUCGGCGCUGGGUUGGGUUUCUCCUUGAUAUUAUAAUAUUGUUAGGGCUUUUAUUUGAUUUAAUAUGGAUAAAAAGAAGGCAGUGGCACCGCUUGUAUGCCAUGGGCAUUCUCGGCCCGUCGUUGAUCUGUUCUACAGCCCAAUCACUCCUGAUGGAUUCUUCCUAAUCAGUGCCAGCAAGGAUUCUACGCCAAUGUUGAGAAAUGGAGAAACUGGGGAUUGGAUUGGAACAUUUGAAGGGCAUAAAGGAGCUGUGUGGAGUUGUUGUCUGGAUAAACAUGCUCUCCGUGCUGCAUCUGCAUCUGCCGAUUUCAGCGCGAAAUUGUGGGAUGCAUUGACUGGAGAUGUUUUACAUUCAUUUGACCACAAGCACAUAGUUCGAGCAUGUGCCUUUUCAGAGGAUACACAUCUGUUACUCACUGGUGGUUUUGAAAAAAUUCUUCGGAUAUAUGAUCUAAACCGACUCGAUGCACCUCCAAGGGAAAUUGACAGCUCUCCUGGUUCAGUUAGGACAGUUGCUUGGUUACACAGUGAUCAAACUUUAUUGAGUUCCUCCGGUGAUGCAGGUGGAUUGAGGUUAUGGGAUGUGAGGAGUGGCAAAGUUGUUCAAACCCUUGAAACCAAGUUUCCUGUAACGAGUGCUGAAGUAAGUCAGGAUGGUCGAUACAUAACAACAGCUGAUGGUUCCUCUGUCAAGUUUUGGGAUGCUAACCACUUUGGAUUGGUGAAGAGCUAUGACCUGCCCUGCAAAGUUGAAUCUGCUUCAUUGGAACCAAAGUUUGGUAAUAGGUUCAUUGCUGGAGGAGAAGAUAUGUGGGUUCAUGUCUUUGAUUUUCACACUGGAGAGGAAAUUGGAUGCAACAAGGGACACCAUGGUCCUGUGCACUGUUUGCGGUUCUCUCCAGGAGGUGAAUCCUAUGCCUCAGGAUCUGAAGAUGGGACUAUCAGAAUAUGGCAGCUUGGGCCACUUGGUCAGAAUGAGGACAACUCCACAGCAAACGGGUCUAUUGCAAAUGCCAAGGAUGACAUGGGUGAGGUGACCCAAAAGAUUGAGGAGUUGGAUGUUUCAGAAACAAAGAAGACUGAAGAGACGCAGAUUGAUGGUGCGGUGGAGAAGGCUGCUGAUGCCUGAUUAGGAAUUUAAGGGUUUUGUAUGGUUUUGCCUCUUGGAAAGCUGUGACUGGCUUGACUUCUGAGGUUUUUGCUUAUGAAAUAUAAUUAAGCUUUUAAAAAGUGCUACGUAUUGUUUGCUUG